AUGGACUCACUUUCAGGAAUCGAGGAGUUCUUCUACCACCGGAGUAAACUCGCGUAUCACUCUUGCUUCUACGUCGCAGUUAAAUUCAAUCAGAAGCCUGAGGAUUCUUGUUUGAAAUCAGCACUGGAAGUAACAAUUUCGAAGUUCCCUCAUCUUUACUCUAAUGCAUUUACAAAUGCGGGAAAUGUGGUUUUGAGACCCUUGAGAAAAUCUUUCAUGCUUUCAGAGGUAGUAGAACGUGUUGAUUUCGAGUAUUUGGAUGAGUCGUUCAACAGUCACGUAUUCAAAACUGUCACUUUUGAUUAUGGAGUUGAGAGACCCCUGUGGAAACUUUUAGUACUCAAAGACCAACGUACUUUCGUGCUCUGUACUGAUCAUUUAAUUAUGGACGGGUUAUCAACCGUGGCAUUUUGGAAAUCUGUAAUUACGGGUUUGAAUAAUUGUGACACUACGGGAGCACCGGAAAAUGGCCCUGUUUUCAUCCCAAGUGCAAAUUUGAGCAAAGUACAGCAGCACCCUUACGAAAAAAUUCCUUAUACGGUUCUGGGUUUGCUCCUAUGGGCAUUUGUUCGUCUCAUGGUCCUAUUGGAAUUUGUGAAACUGGACAUUAUCGGAAAAGUGUUUGUUCCUCACUUGAGCAGCAAGGAUUUUAAGUUCAGGAACUACCGAUUCCCUGAGGGACUACUGAAUAGCACAGGAGGCAUUCGCAACGACAACUGUCAGCUCAAUCUUCAUAUUCCAAGCUCAAAAAUGCGGCUGCUUCUCAAGAACUGCAAAUCUCAUAAAGUUUCCUUCACCUCGCUACUGGCAGCGGUCGUUGCACAUUCUCUUCAGAGCGUCAGCCCUUCACAGGUUGAAGGAUCUCGCAUCAAAAUAAGUGUGCCUAUAAACGCAAGAGAGGCUGUUCGAAAAGUUAUUACAGAGGCUCCAGGUUCGGCGGACUUUGGUAAUUUUAUUAAAACCGGGGAAUUUACUCGAGAUCUGACAGAGCUGGUUCAAUUAUGGGAUACUGCCAAAUCUUUAGAUGAUGAGAUGGCAUAUCAAAGAAAGUCCGAAGUGCCGAUUCAAAUGGCCAAGCUACUGAACUUAAUCGAUGUCGAAAAAUUCGUCCAGGGAAAAGUCGAUGCUCCCUACCCAGGAUCUACGUUCGAGAUAACUAAUCUCGGAUACCAAACCUUCGAUUGCGGCGUGGACGACAAAUAUGUUGUUGAGGACGCAUUCUUCAACGAGCCUCAGGGUAUAAGUGACGUCUUUACAUUCUCGGUUGUCAGCACUCCGGCGAAUGGGCUCAAUUGUUGGAUUAGUUAUCCAAGAGAGCUUCAAACUGACUUACAACCCGCGAUUGCGAACAUACAGAGAAAACUGGACGAUCUGAGCAUUGAAAGUUCGGAAAACUAG